CGAACAAGAACGAAAGACCACAAGAUGGCCAAGCGGAGGAGAGUCGAUGACAGUAAUGAUACACGGCCUCCUGUUAAGAGAUGCCGGACAGGCUCAAAGCGCAAUCUGCUAGACAUCAGUGAUGAGAUUCUUCUCCGAGUCUUGUACUUCCUCCCCACACAGGAUUUGUUGCGCACUGAACGUGUCUCAAGACGUUUCCACACCCUUGCGAGCGACGGGGAGAUAUGGAAGGCGAAAUAUUACGACACUUGGAUCGACCAUCGAGCCCGCCGGCUACCGCCCGAGAAGACUCAGGAAGGUUCAAGACAGAGAGUCAAGAUCUUGAGAUGGCUGGAACAUGGACAAAAGUUGCGGGAUGGUGCCACAAUCGACUGGAAGCGUCAAUUCAAGAUCAAGACUAAUUGGGCAGCCGGUGCAGCAAAAGUCCAUGAAGUUGAAGUCGCCAAUCCGCCUACGCCACCCGUCAUUGCGAGAGUUCUUAAGGGGGUAGUAUUCACCUUCGAUCGGCUGUCUGGACUACGAGCAUGGACAACCCUAGCAGGAACAAGGACACUCAAAGCACGAUUGCCCUUCGAAACUUCUCGAGCAGCAACGGCCAUGGCCGUCGACAGUUUGGAUGGAGUGACCCAUAUACUAUUGGGCUUCGAAGAUGGCUCAUUUUCGACGUAUAUGUUCACGAACGAGAGUGGGUUCGAAGAUCGCGGAAGCCACCAAACGACGGACGGACCUCUUGUCGCAGCGGCACUCGCUAUGCCAUAUGCGAUGACCAUUUCCAAGACGAAGUUUCUAUCUUUGUACGACUUGACUGUAAGUACGCAGGUGGAAAGGCCCGAUGCCAACCUCGUGCCCGUCGCUCGACUCCAAUCCGAUGCAUCCUUCUCCCCAGUAUCCUUGGCGCUGCGGAGGACGCCUAAGCGCAUCAUUGCGACCGUAGCAUACGCCUUCCAUCGAUUAAAUUCCGGUUGGUGUAUGGGGCUACAAGAAAUCGUCAUGUCGAGUAGCGGUGUGGUGAUGGACAGCAGGUUGACAUCCACGAUCGACACACCAUUCGAUGCACAAUAUCAGGGCAGGGACAGUUGGAAGAUGUCGACGCGGUCGACCAGUUCGCUGCCAUUUCCAUUACAUCCUCCGCUGAUGAGCCCGCCCACUUCCUUAUCCUACGAACAUCCUUUCCUGGUCUGUUCUCUUGCAGACAAUACCAUCAUGUCAUUUCUCGUGACCUCCAACGAGAAUAAGCUGGAAAUAAGCGCAGGCAGACGUCUCUGGGGACACACAUCGGCUGUCUCUGGAGCAGAAGUCAACAAUCGCGGCAAAGCUGUGUCGGUCAGCAGCCGUGGGGAUGAAAUUAGAGUAUGGGAAUUGGAGCCCGUGAUGACGACCAACAGUCAGUCCAAGGCAAGUACACAGAUCAAGGCAGUAGAUGGCUUUUCUGGAGUAACUGCGGCUCUGGCUCGAAGGGGAACCGGCUUGGGCCUUGCACUGCACGAAAUGAAGCGAGAGCUCAGCCUGACGAGGAGCUGGGUUGGUUUCGACGACGAGCAGGUUGUGGUGUUGGGCGAGAGGGACCAGAAACUAAUAAUGGCGCUGUACGACUUUACAUAGAAGACCAUAGUCCAUCAGCUUGGGAAAUCUCAGCUACGAAGAUACGAUGAAUUGAAUGAAUGAAACCUUC